AGGAGCAUUAUGGGGGGAGGGAUAGUGGGUGUGGUGAUGUAUAAAGCAUCCUUUGCAUCUGUUUCCCCAUCACUAUAGCUCCUCCAAGACUGACUUUCACUCUCCAGUCUCCUUAGACCUCAACCUUGCUAUCAUCAUGUCUGACGUCCAGCAGGCUAUGGCCCUCCUCAUCUCUGCCUUUGAUAGAUACUCUAGCAAGGAGGGGGACGCUCACACCCUGAAUAAGGCAGAGCUGAAAGAGCUGCUUGAGAAUGAAUUUGGAGAGCUGCUGGGGAAAGCCAACGACAAGGCAGCAUUAGACCGCAUCUUUAAGGACCUGGAUACAAACAAGGACAACAGUGUGGACUUCCAUGAGUUUGUCACCCUGGUGUGCUGCCUCACUCAGAUGUGCCACGAGUACUUCAUCGGCAAGAAAUAGGGGUCCAAGCGCCACCUUGGGGCCAGCAUGGAGAGGUGCCUUUCUGUUAGAGAGAAGAAUGUCUCUUGACAUCUGUUCUGAUUAAGGAAAAAAAAAUAUUUACUACUGCUCGAAGGCACUAACAAACAAAAUAUAUAGAUGUUGUGAUGCAAAAUGAAAUAAACUCCUCUUGUUCUUUGAAA